AUGAAUGUCACUAAUAAUACCUUAUCCUCAGAGCUUCUUCCGCCUCGUCCUUAUGCCUACCUCUACGAGGAGCUGCGUAUUUACUUCUUGCGAUGGUACCUACCAGCCGCUAUCAUUGUUGGCUGUAUGGGGAAUCUAUUUAGUCUCUUUUUCCUAUUUUGCUCAAAGCUCUUCCAAUUCAAUAUGCUGCUCUGGCUUUCCAGCAUAUGUAUUGGUGACUUCUUCAUCCUCAUGCUAGAAGGGUUGUGGAUUUUACUGAAGGCCUGGUUCAAAUAUGACAUUCGUGAUCACAAUGAUUUGAUUUGUAAAAUUCACAAGGCCGCUUCGAAUUAUUCUCUCUACUGGUCGGCUUAUAUGCAAUUUGCGCUGUCAGUUCAACGCGCCUAUCUGGUCUUCAAGCCGUUGCAUGCUCGUAUUCGUGGAGGCAUCUCCAAGAGACACCUCGUUGCGUGGAUUAUGAUCUCGCUUGUCCUCCUAGCUCCUAUUGCUCCCUAUAUCAUUUACUGGCGAGUAAUCGACGGGGACUGUGAUCCCACGGAUACGGAUAUAUACUACCUAACAACCCUCUGUGACCUAAUCAUAUGGGGGAUAAUUCCACUGCUUGGAAUGACAGUGUCUACUGCGGUCAUUUGCCUCAAUAUGGCUAAAUUGGGAAAUAAAUUCAAGAGAGCCCAAGUGGCAACUCCAGAACGAUCGCGCAAGUUCUCCGUGUGUACUACACUCGAGAUUCCAUCGAUUUGUCGCAGACGUGGGUUAUCCACUCCAACACUAACUCCUGUACGACCCAAUUCCACCUCAGACAUCCAAAUCCUAUCGUCGCGUAUCAUGGAUCAUCUACAACAAGCAGAUAUGGUUGAAUCACAGAUAGAAUUCCCCCCCUCUCAAUUAAAACAACGACUCAGCGAGCACAGUAGCAGUCGACACAAUGCACCAGACAACUUCGGCCAUGUAACACGUCUCCUCAUCUGUAUGAAUAUUACCUAUAUGGCUAGCACAUUCCCUCUCCUCAUAUUCCUUAUGUUACGUAACUUCAGUGGAGUUCAGGUGGAUCCCGAUUUUCAUCGAUUCUGCUAUUACCUAUUUCGUAGUCUCUGCUUUCUAAAUUCCUGUACAAAUUGGAUUUUCUAUUGCCUCGUGGGCAAGUUGUUUCGUGAGGAGGCUAAACACAUCCUCCGUAUGUGCUGUGGCCUUCAACGCAAGGCGUCAUCUCGAGGUCCCAGUAACCAAUCAGGAAAGGCGCUAGUAACACCCCUACCGAGGGCACGCACACCCGAGAUGAGUCAUCAAGCCUCACCGAUAGAACGGAUUCGAUCAAUAAGCGCAAUCGAUAUUCAGCGUGUUGCAACUCGGGUGCCCACUCGAUAA